AGGACGUGGAGAGUUUGAAGCCGUUGAUCGCGAUGGUUGGUGUAGAUUUUGGUUAUGCCAUAGUGAAUAUUCUGAUGGAGGCAGCUCUUAGCGAUGGAAUGAACCACUUGACUCUCAUCACAUAUCGGCUCGGUAUUGCAUCCAUUUCCUUGGGUCCCAUCGCCUACUUUUACGAAAGAGAUGGGCGAGACAAACUCUCAUUCCGCAUCCUCUCGUAUUUGUUCUUAAGCGCCAUUGUAGGGGCUUCGGUCACUCAAUACUGUUUGCUUCUGGGCAUUGAACACACCUCUGCCACUUUCGCCUGCGCAUUCCUCAACCUAAUUCCUGUCGCCACUUUUCUCAUGGCUCUUCUACUUAGGUUGGAGACGGUGAAGUUGAAAUCCAGCAGUGGACAAGCCAAGAUGCUAGGAACGGUGGUUUGCAUCUCCGGCGCCGUGUUGUUGAUCACGUACAAAGGGCCAGCUCUGGCCAACCGUUCAUACGCCGCCGCCGCCGCCACCGCCGUGAAGAAGACGAAUUGGACGUUGGGGUGCAUAGCUCUGGUGGUCGGAACUCUACUGUGGUCAUCAUGGUUUCUCCUGCAGACCAACAUCGGGAAGAGAUAUCCGUACGAGUACUCCAGCACUGCCAUCAUGUCCUUCUUCGGUGCCGCCCAAGCCGCCGUCUUCAACCUCUGCACACGCACCACUCUUUCCUCCUGGGGCCUACAUGGCAAGAUUCAGAUCAUCACUGUCGUAUACUCUGGGAUGAUCGGAUCCGGGCUGUGCGUGGUGGGAACGUCAUGGUGCGUUAAAAAAAGAGGUCCAGUUUUCACUGCAGCCUUCAGCCCACUGGUUCAGAUAAUUGCUGCCGUCUUCGACAUUCCCGUCCUCCACGAUCCACUCUACCUUGGAAACUUGUUGGGGUCGCUAAUUGUAAUAAUUGGACUCUACGUUUUGCUGUGGGGGAAGAGCAAGGAAGUGGAGGGCUCUGUUUCAAAGGUGGUGGCCAUGGAACAAAUUACAACUACAACUGCUCAAGAUUAUCCCAUCAAAGAAUUAAACCAUCAUGAUAAUCCAUAG